AUGCUCGAAUCGCUCCCGUUGGAACUCCAAGCCUACAUCCUCGUCUUCCUACCCGCCCAAACCCUCGUCCGCACGCUCUCGCUCACCAACCACCACUUUCACGACCUCGUCGAAGCACACGUCCAACGCUAUUGCUUGCGAUACCUCGGCUUGGGCUCUCACUCUACCAAUCCGGAUGAAGCAGCCGUGCUCGAGUUCGAGGCGCAGAGACCCAUCGAUACCGUCACUGCCAAGCACACCUUGCAGUUUUCGCACUUUGCAGCCGUAUCGCCCAGCUCGUACCAUGCCAAGCUACCACCGCUCUCGUCCGCGGCGGUGUUUGAGUUUGCACAGGGGUCAAGUAGUAGGGUAGCCACGGAUUCGGAGAGGCUGCGGAGUGGCUUUGGCGUAGGGAGAGGUAGGGGAUACUCCGUUUCGGUAAGACCCGAGCGGGCGAGGGUAGGAGGUGGAGGUGGUGGUAGUGGUGGCGGUGCUCAGUACGUAGCUACUCCUUUCCAGCCAUUCUUGCCAGGGCUGCAUGAAGACGACCAGCGUCGGGCAGCAAAUCAGAUGGUCGUAUCUAGCUCGCUGGACCUCGAAGAGCGAAGGACCGGUAGGCCGGCCUUGUCGCGCAACCCGUCGGCGGCAUCGCGCGCGACAAGUCGAUCGAGCUCAACCGCUAGCACUUCGAGGGCCAGAGCCAUCGCACAGGAGAUUGCAUCUGCUCCCUUUCCCUUCUUGCGCCACAGCAUCGAGGCUGCAAAUCGACAUCAGAUGCAUCGCGCCGCUAGCAACAGCUCACAACCCCGCCAGGCAGCGGGUACCACCUACGUCGCCCAACCCCUGGAAGAGCCGCUGGACGCAUACGAUUGGGCAGGACCACCCGGCACGCGUGCAGCGCCUUCUGGACUAUCGUCUUCGCGACUUCCUCGUCGAGCAGCCGAUCAACCUGCGUGCUACGCAUUCCAACUCGAUCCGCUGGAUUCCUUCGAGAGCCUCAUCCUCACCUUGACUGCUCGACGAAGCGUCGCCGAUGCUCAAGCUACCAUCUCGGCCAUGUUGCGCGGAGAAGACGCAUCUGGGGGUGUACGAUUGCGAUACUCCAAAGCACUAGCAGAAGGAAUCGACCGAGUCUUCCGAGACUGGUUCAGACCCAAACCGUCCGCCACAGGUGAACUCGAACCAGAUUCCCAAUUGCUCGAAUUCGACACUCCUUCCUGCACGCUCUCCAUCCAACCUCACGCUUCACCUCUCGCCCACGUCACCCAUCCGGCGCUCGCCUCCACUUCCUCGCACGACUACCUCUCGCGACCCCCACUCUCGACGCAGUACGCCACCCUGGCGUCCAACGAAAGGGUCGAAUUGACCUUCCACUGCAGUUGCAUCAAGAUCAACGCGGCUAGGUUGUUGGCGACGUUGGAGAGGCUGGAGAGCGAUGUACUGGCAAACCAGGCGAGGAGCAGGUUGGCGCUCUCGAGGUUGCCGAGGAUCGUAGCGGGUGGGGGCAUGAGGAUCGCUCCUGGAUCCGCAUUGGUGAAUGCGAAUGUGGGGUACUUUAUGGUAGGCCAGGCACCUCGGACGGGUGCGUAG